AAAACAGACAUCAGCAAAAGCCCAAACUUGGUAACAGAAGAAGAAGAAGUGUUCCGAGUGAGAGGGAGACAGAGCAAAAGGGGCGGAAAGCAAGCCAGAGCGCGCCAUGGAAUACAGAUGUGUAGAGUGCGGGGGUCGCAUGACGACUCUGUUCGUCCAAUACUCACCUGGCAACAUUCGACUCAUGAAAUGCGGAAACUGCAAGGCAGUUGCAGAUGAGUACAUCGAAUGCGAACCCAUAAUUAUUCUAAUUGAUCUAAUUCUGCACAAGACCAAAGCUUAUACACAUUUACUCUAUAAUGUGAUAGACCCACAAGCUCCUUCUUUUCAGGGUUUAUUGUGGAAGUCUACUUUUGGGUUUCUUCUUUUGGAUGCUUAUAGGAGUCUCUUUCUGGAAAGAAGUAAGGAAGAGUGGGGCUUGUCCAUGAGCUUCGCGUCAUUACUUUGGAGAUUUCAAAAGAUGCUGAUGGACGUUGUCUUUGGAAAUAUCAUGUUUCUUUCUACCUUUUUGCUCUCUAUGAGGGUUCUUUUCAGUACAUUCCCUAGACCACUCAGGUAUAAAGACCUUUUGCUCGCAAUAUUUAUUUCAAGUUACUUCAAGAUGUUUCUUGUUGCAAUGAUGGUCUGGGAAUGUCCUUCUGUGAUUUUCAUCAUUGAUUUAUUUGUUUUAUCAUCGAACACUGUGGCACUCAAAGUGAUAACUCAGUCAGCUAUGAGUAGGUGUAUAGCAGCCUGCUUCAGUGCUCAUGUGGUAAAGUUUUUGGUCACACAAAGGUGCUGGAGUUGGGAACUUUGAAAUCGAUGAUCAGUGUUGUUUUCAAAAUCUCUCUCUCUCUCUCUCUCUCUCUCUCUCUCUCUCUCUCUCUCUCUCUCUGUAUUGAACGGUUUAUUCAAAUUAAUUGUUUUUGAAGAAACAGAUCAACAUUUCCUCCAAAGGCAGUGUUGGUGUGAGUAUGACUGCUGUAAGAUGUGAUGGUGUAAAUGUACAAGAUGUAUGCUCCUCCCUGUUAUGAAAUA